AUUCGAGGUGGCGCUGCUUUCAGCCCUGCAACCGCCAUAUUUGUUUGGCUGAAUGAAGCUUUACUGCGUUAAGUAAGCAUUUUUCGGUGAACGAGUUAACAACUCCUUCUAAAUUACACCCGCGACGGCUGAUAAAUAUUUAGGAGGGGUUACGAGCAAUAAGUCGCGGUCGACGAAAAAAAAGAGCAAGUGUGAGUCAAGGACGAAAGCUGGAGAAGCUAAAUAAAUUGAAACGGAAAUCGUUGGGUCUUAUCGACCCAAAAAAAAGAUCAAUCAUUGAUUCCGACGAGUCAACGGUGAUUAUGGGGGCGCAGGAGGAUGAUAAGUCCAGUAUUAUCGACGACCCCAAUUCAACAACGAACGGAGUUGGCGCUGGAGGAGCCACCGAUUUGCCGGCUAUUCAAAUUUUAACGCUCUUGGAAAAAGCUAAAUUUUAUACUUCGCUGUUUCUCGGUACAAUGGCGAUACUCGCGGUUUUUGGGUUCCUUUUUUUAAUACCUUUUGUCGUAGAACCCGCCAUCACCACGAUACUUGCCGAUUUUUCACCUCAUCCUGUUGCCUGUGUCGUUAGCGAACAUGUUUAUGCUGAGGGACUUAAAAAUUGCUCCUGGGCGAGUUGCAGAGAAGGUUGCACAAGCGCAGCGACGAGGUGUCACCAAUUGCGAGUUAAUUACUCCCGAAUGCCCUAUGACGAAUUUAUAACCAAGCCACUGGGUUCCGUAGCGUGGGAUGUUACUGACACGAAAUUUUACAUAAACACCGAAGGAUGCGGAUACCCUCCUCGAGUUAAUUGCUCGGUGUUUGCGAAAGAAUUUGGACGCAGUAAUAUGGGGAAAAUAAUUCCUUGCUUCUACAGUAGGACGUACCCUGGGACUGUUGUUUCUCGAUAUUCAUGGAAUCAAAACCUGAGGCACUUGGUACUAGCGAUAGUGAUACCGAUAUUAAUAUUCGUAAUAUCCUUGGCUGUGUUAUUUUAUUGGCAUUGCACACCAAUGAAGAGCUGCGGAGGCCCAGGUCGCAAUUUGAUCGAUAAAUAUUCGAGAAAAGAGGAUUGUACCCCUUUAUUGCAGCAUUCUAGCGGAAGACGAAUUCGAGGAAGACGAAGAGGAGUACUGAUUGUUACCGAGGGCUCACCCCCCAGCGCGGGAGUGACCCAAAGUGAUAACAGCAAUAAAAGUAACGAUAAUAAUAAAAACAACAAAUACCAAAUUAAUAAUAGUACUUUCAAAAGAAGCCAAUCAAAUUUAUUUAAAAUUAAUUUAUCUAAUUGGCCAAUAAUUGCUAAUUAUCAAGCAAUUAGAGUUUAGUUAUUUAAUUGUUAAUUAAUAGAAUUUAUUUAUAAUUGUUGAUAGGUUUUUUAUUUUUAAAUAAUAAAUGAUGUAAAUUUUAAUGAUAAUAGUUGUAAAGAUUUAAAAGACUCGAUCGUCUGCCAGUAAAUUAAUACGCAAUCGUUUAACGCGUUUAAUGCUAAAUAAUUUUAAAUAAAGUUUUUAAGGCCAUUUAUAUAAAUAAUCAAAUUUGGUCUUCUUUCUUUUUCAAUUAAGUAUUACUGAUUAUACAUUUAUUAUAUUCAAUUAUUUCCAAAUUUUUCGAAGCUCACCUUUUUAUC